AUGGAAAUCGAGAUCCAGACCUUCAUCAAGGUAUGGUUUACUGCAGUUACAGCUCUAUUUUACUGCUACUACAUCGCCUCCCGCCUCCCCGGUGGCGCCACCAGGUUAAUCUCUCUCCUUCCCGUCUUUUAUCUCUUCACAGCCCUCCCUCUCCAACUCUCCUCCUUCCACCUCGGCGCCCCUACCAUUUUUUACCUUGUUUGGCUUGGCAACUUCAAGCUCCUCCUCUUAUCCUUCGAGCAAGGCCCUCUAUCCUCCACCCCACCUUUGUCCCUCCUCCAUUUCGUCUCCAUAGCUCUUCUCCCCAUUAAAACCAAAAAUUCAGUUUCAAAUUCCAAAGUCAAUAAACCAGUUGUUUUUGCGCUUAAGGUUGCCCUUUUGGCUAUUUAA